AUGUCCGAAUACCACAAAGCGCUAAAAGUCCUGAUGCAGUCUCCGGUCACGGACGACAUGAUCAAAUUUCUCACCAACCAGACUCUCAGAGUCCUGCCCAACGUGCAAACCCCGGCCCAAACCUCCGCCUACCCCAGCCCCCCAAGCUCCCCACCCAAGAAGCACCUCCAGCCGCAGAGAUUGCCGUCCCUGAUGAGUUUCAUCAGCAGGCUCGUCAGACACACAAACGUAUACACCUCGACCCUGCUCACCACCGUCUGCUAUCUGAACAAGCUGAAGUGCAUACUACCGAGGGACGCGACGGGGCUGCCAUCAACCAUACACCGCAUAUUCCUGGCCUGCCUCGUGCUCAGUGCCAAGUUCCACAACGACUCCUCCCCACUGAACAGGCACUGGGCGAAGUACACGGACGGCCUGUUCUCGCUGGAAGACCUGAAUCUGAUGGAAAGACAGCUGAUUCAACUGCUGAACUGGGACCUGAGGGUAACAAACGACGAUCUGAUACUGGACCUGAGAUUCCUACUAGAGCCCAUAGUCGCGGACAUCGAGAAGACCUCCAGACAGAGAAAAAGAAUCGAAAAGCAGAAGCUGCUACAACAACAAAGACACAGAAUGAUCGAAAGUGCUGGCACAGUGAGAUCACUGUCAAACAGCAGUAGCACGACCAAACUCUACGACCACCAAAGAAACGUGUCCAUAUGUUCUGACCUGAGCUCGAGCACACUGGUAGACUACGAUUUGAACGCUAACACCACGCCUAAACCGGCCGCCAACACGAAAAAAGCGUGUCGAAAUAGCUGGGAGGCUCUGGAACACGAGCUGAAUCAGGUUCUCAUGCAGCACGACACCUGCAGUGACACCUACAAUGCGUGCAACUACUAG